UUUACAGAAACAAUCAUUGAACACGAGUAGCAUUGUCGUAAAAAAAGCUCAUCUUAUAUACUUCAUACAAUUUCCUCUCUCACAAUCAUUCAUAUCUCUCCAAAAUAGCGGGUGAACUCAGCUUCAAGAGUUUCCUUGUAUCACAAGAAAGUAAAAAAGCUUCGUCUAACUCAAGAGACAAGAAAGAUGACAGAGAAGGAUCUUCUUUACGAUACAAUACUUGCUCGUAGCUUUAGCAAAAACGAGCAGAAGAGACUUGGCUAUGGAGCUUUCAUUGCCUCUCUUCUCUUCGUCUUCACUCUUUGCACCGUCUUUAAACCUUAUCUCAGCCCUUUACCAAUCGUGGAGUUGCAGAUACCAAUGAACGCUGGUCUUCGGAUGCUGAGAAUAACAGAAACGCAGAAACAACAAGCGUCAGGGAGCAGCGACAAUGCAACAUCUGGAGAUUCUGAGAAUCUGGUUCUCCCUAAUGAUCAAAUCAACAUUACAUCAAAUGCAACCACUCCUCAGAGCAUAACUAGUUCUAAAGAUCAUGAGCUUAGUGUCGGCAAUGACACAAGCUUGCCCAAAAAUAUGUUUAACUCUACUACUAACUCUACAAUAGCCGAAGAACACGUUACUACAGAAGGAAAUAAAUUGGAGAAAACAAUGAAACCUAUUUGUAAGAAGCUAGCAAGAACAGAGAUAUGCGAAAUAAACGGCGAGGUAAGAGUCCACGGUAAAUCCGCGACGAUUCAAGCAGCGAUCACGUUUGCGUUUUCAGGGAAUUCCACGUGGCAUAUUAAACCUUACGCGAGAAAAGGUGACGUGGCGGCUAUGGAACGCGUGAGAGAAUGGACGGUGAAACUGGAACAAAACGCUGAGAACGCUAAUAUAUCGCGUUGCGUUAGGAAUCACAGCGUUCCGGCGAUACUUUUCUCUCUCGGAGGCUACUCGAUGAACAACUUCCACGAUUUCACCGACAUCGUGAUUCCUCUGUACACGACGGCGCGUAGAUUCAACGGUGAAGUUCAGUUCCUCGUGACGAACAAGAAUCAACCGUGGAUCAACAAAUUCAAAGGGAUACUGAAGUAUCUCUCGAACUACGAGCUCAUUUACAUCGACGAAGAAGAUGAAACACACUGUUUCAGCAGCGUCACCGUCGGUCUCACUCGCCACCGUGAGUAUUACAAAGAGCUAACGAUCGAUCCUUCGGAUUCCGAGUAUUCGAUGUCCGAUUUCAGAAAAUUCCUUAGAGACUCGUACUCGUUGCGCAACGCCGCCGUGAGGCCCUUGACUACGAGGAGGAAUCAGCGGCGGAGGCCGCGGAUGCUGAUUUUGGCGAGGGGAAGAUCGCGAGCGUUCACGAACGCCGGCGCGAUCGCCAGAGCGGCGAAGCAAAUCGGAUUCAAAGUCGUGGUGGCGGAAGCGAACGCAGACGUCGCGGGUUUCGCGCAAACCGUUAAUUCUUGCGACGUCAUGCUCGGCGUUCACGGCGCGGGGCUAACGAACAUGGUGUUCUUGCCGGAGAACGCCGUCGUGGUUCAGAUUCUUCCGAUCGGGGGAUUCGAGUGGCUCGCAAAGACGGAUUUUGAGGAACCUUCGAAGGGGAUGAAUCUGAGGUAUUUGGAGUACAAGAUCGCGGCGGAGGAGAGCACGCUUUUGCGGCGGUACGGACGCGAUCACGAGAUCGUGAGAGAUCCAUCGGUGGUUGGGAAACGCGGGUGGGAAAUGUUCCAGUCGGUUUAUUUGGUACAGCAGAACGUGAGUGUAGAUAUUAACCGGUUCAGACCGGUUCUUGUCAAGGCUUUUGAGCUAGUGCAGAUGCAGUCCGUGUAAAAAAUCAAUAUUCACUGCAUUUCCGUAUACUGUAAAUUCUUGUAGUCGGA